AUGCCAGCCAACAUUGCGGCAGCUACUGCUAUUAUAGAGUCGGACCGCGCGCACUAUUGCCUUUCGCCACAUCGAUUAGGGGGCGCUACUGGGUUGACAACCUUGCAGGAUCUCCUACGUUUCAAUCCCGGAAACCUCAAUAACUCACUCAAAAAAGGAUUUUUGGUGUUUCAACUCCUAAAAGCUGUCAAAGGACUACAUCGUCAUGGAAUCAUUCACGGUAAUCUAAACCCAUCCAGCAUCUACAUUGAUGAAAACCUAUGGAUCACUCUAACAGGGAUCAAAUGCUCUGAGUUGCCAUUCACAAUAAGGAUUGGCAGCAAAAUUCAUGAGGAAUCGACUGUUAUGAGGUGGGUCAAAGGCGAAAUUUCUAACUUUACAUACCUGAUGAUCCUCAAUCAUGCAGCAGGGCGACGUCAAGGAGACCCCAAUGUACAUCCAAUUUUCCCUUGGGUUACAGACUUUACAGGAUCAGAAGUUCAUCACAACUGGAGAGAUUUUUCAAAGACAAAGUUUCGGCUCAACAAAGGUGACGAGCAGUUAGAUGUGACCUUUGAUGGACCAAUACCGCACCAUAUUACCGAUAUUCUAUCAGAUAUUACCUAUUACGUCUACAUGGCUAGACAAAUUCCGAUCCCUGUCCUUUGUCAAUUUGUCCGAUCAAAGUAUGAGGCAAAUGAAUACCCAUCCUCCAUCCGACGACUUUAUGAAUGGACUCCGGACGAGUGUAUUCCUGAAUUUUAUACAGAUCCUAAUAUUUUUAAAUCUAUACAUGCCGACAUGCCAGACAUGGCAUUACCAGCAUGGGCUAAGACCCCAGAAGAGUUCAUUCGUAUCCAUCGGGAUGCAUUGGAAAGUGAUUAUGUUUCAAAGCACCUGCACGAAUGGAUUGAUCUAACGUUCGGUUAUAAACUCUCUGGCCCGAAUGCCAUCGAGGCCAAGAAUGUAGCAUUAUCAUUAUGUCCUGGGCAGAGCGCUUUCAUGAAGCACGGAAUCAUUCAGCUUUUCACCGAUCUUCACCCUCAACGAGUUUGUAAUUGGUCCCUUUCGAAAACAAGCCUUUAUAGGCCUCAGAAUGAUCGGUCACAAUUUGUUGACAAAGUAUCGGAUCUGCUAUUUCGCCCAGCUGGACCAACACGAUCUAAAUCAUUACGCCAGCAACCCGGGUCCAGACCCGGCACAGUCGCCAUCAAUAAUGGUAAUCAAGAACGAGAGUUGGGUAAUUCUGCGCCAAGUAGCUCAUUACCUUCAACCAAUGGCCUUUUGUCGCCAAUGAAUGUUAUUAUACAGGAUACCAAUCUUGCUUUAGUUUCGACGAGACCAGAAGCACUAGUACAGCUAAUUCAAUCCGAGCCGAUCGAGCUUUCCAAGGAACUAGGGCAAAUAGCUUUUAUAGAAGAAUUGGAUCAUUUCGAGAAGACCUUUCAAUUUGGUUCAAAAUAUCAUUUUAUGAACAGCGAGGCAGCAAAGGCGCGGAUUCUCUCUGAUGCACCUACAUUAGAGACAGGCGACUCAACUCUUCGAGAGAAGGAUUCAUUUGAGUACAUGCAGAGCUGGGAUAUACCAAUUGCGGUCAGCGGGACAAUCACGGCGAUGCUUAAUAACGACUGGAAGUCGCGACCGAAGAUUGAAGAUAUCCUCCGCAAGUCAAUACCUGCUCUCUCACUACAGUCGCCUACAAUCUCGGCGUUUAUACCAACCUUAAUCACCGAGAUUUAUGACUUUUUGGCAAUGUUCAACGUGAGCCCAGUGGAUGUUCAAGCGACGUUAGCAAGCAAAUGUAUCGAUCGAAUAUGCACUUUCGAGGACGAAACAUUUGAAAUUGUAUUGCCGCCAAUUUUACCGUAUCAAGUUUUUAGUGCCCCCAUCUACAGUGAAUUCUUGCGGCGCUUUGGGACUAGCACCUUCUUAAAGCAGCUCUUCCCAUAUUAUCUAGAUUCUCUUAUCGUGGACUAUGGGCUCCAGGAGUCUGUAUCAGAUGCCAAAUCCUCUGUUGCCAGCGACGCAUUUGUUGGUAUUUGCCGGUCCAUUGGCCCAAUACUGACAUCUAAGCAUGUCAUGCGACCUUUCUCAAGGCUGGCAUUCAAAGAUCCUUUGCUUCUGCCAUUGCUAAAAGAGACCCUUAGUGGGAUUGCACAAGAGUUCGGAUCAACAUUUGCACUGGUGCAGUUCAGCCAUAUUAUGCAUUUGAUCGAUUCUGCCUCAAUGAACUUUACAACUAGGACAAGCAACACGUUAGGAAACCUCCUUGGGAUGCUUGGAUCGCUUGUCCCACAUAUGUAUGAUACCCAGCUUGUGACAGAAUUGAGAAAUGGUGGAUCAGACUUGAUCUAUCGUCUAAUCGAGCCAAAUCUGAGUAAGCGAGCCAGUCGAUCUAACUCUCUGGACAAUCCCAGACUGGCUGUCAGCCGUACUACAAUGGACUUCAUCUUGCAUCUCAGCUAUUCGCUAAGCAGAUCUGACUGGGAAAAACACGUAAGAUACUGUAAUAAAAAUUAUAUAAAGAGUUAA